GAGAGGAUGAAACCGGUGAAGGCAUCAGACGCGCACUGCUCCUAACACCUCUGUUGACACCACCACCACUGGGAUCUGUUCAACUUUUUAUAUUUAGACCUUUAUAAAAAAAAUAAAAACAAAAAAGUGUGCGCGCUUCCUUUUCUAUUCUUGCGUGGAUCGUCUUGGCGCAAGGACGCACGGGGUUUGACGGCGGCGGCGAUGCGAUGCGCCGCGUCACGCGCUUCACUCCAGCGCAGACGCCCUUUGUGGAUCUAUAUCGCGCGUCCAGGGCAACCAAGCUCUCCUAAAGGUUCCUCAAUAGGUUCCUCGGAAGCCCGGUGACUCAGUGCAUGCCGCAGGCGCGAGCAGAGGGGACGCGCUGCAUUCUAAUAGGAGGAGAGACGCGGGAGACGACUCGCCUUGGUCCUAUUACACACGCGCGCACACACACAUACACGCGCACACACUCACUGCUGGUGCACUUUGGAUCCACGUCCACGCACCGUAGCGCGCGCUGGACCUCUCCGUUUGGCUUUUUUUCCCCUUUUCUUUUCACAAGAGUGCGCAUAAAAGGAUGUAACCCGGGUAUUGGUGAUAUAUUUUUUAUUUAUUGAUUUUUUUGUAUUUUUUUUUUGCAAACUGGAUAGCAGCCCGCGUGCUGGGAGCAAAGAAUCACCGAAAGGCUGCUCGCUCGUGGAAGCCGGAUGGUGGUGAUCCAGGGCACGCAGGCUUUCAGCAGAAUAUCAAUUAGAUGUUGAGCCGCAACGCUGCUGCUCGUGGAAACGUCGGAGACACUGUUUGACGGAGGAGGGAACAAAAGGAAAAAAAAAAAAAGGAGAGAUGUCUUCGCAUUCAGCACGAACAUACUCGUAAACUGAAAGGUGUGAACUGUGAGCUCGCUGGACGGAUCAACAGGUCGCAAGCGUAAAGCGCAAUCUGGAGCCAUGGCGCUCCCGUUGAGACGGAUGCACCUCACCGUUUUGUCUUUCGUGCUCUUGUGGGCGCGGGCCAUGACGCUGAAAAACUUGAACUUCACCAUUUCCGAGGAGAAGAACCAGGGGGUAAUCGGAAACAUCGCCAAAGACGCAGGGCUCGAGCUCAGAGAGCAGGGCAAGAAAUCCAACUUUAGAGUGCUGGAGAAUUCCGCUCCACACCUCAUCGAUGUGGACCCGGAAAGCGGGCUGCUCUUUAUCAAGCAGAGGAUCGACAGGGAAACACUGUGCAAACGCAACCCUAAGUGCCAGCUCUCUAUGGAAGUCUUCGCCAAUGACAAAGAGAUCUACAUGAUCAAGGUGGACAUACAGGACAUAAAUGACAAUGCACCCAGCUUCCCUUCCGAUCACAUCGACAUCGAUAUUUCGGAGAAUGCCGCCCCUGGCACGCGGUUUCCCCUCGCUGCGGCCUACGACCCCGACACCCGGGAAAACGGCCUUAAAACCUAUCAAAUCACAAGAGACGAUUACAGCAUAUUUUCUCUGGAUGUAAAGUCUAGAGGAGACGGGACUAAAUUUCCAGAACUGGUCGUCCAGAGGUCUUUAGAUAGAGAGGAGCGCAGCCAUCAUACUCUAAUUAUAACUGCCACAGAUGGAGGGGAGUACCCAAAGUCAGGCACAAUGCAAAUCAAUGUGAAAGUAAUUGACUCAAAUGACAACAGCCCCAUUUUCGAGCAGUCUUCGUAUGUCGUGGAAAUUCCUGAGAAUUCCCCACUGGGCACGGUAUUGAUCGAUUUAAACGCCACCGACCCCGAUGAGGGAAGUAACGGACAGGUAACCUACUCUUUGAGUUUUUUUGGCUCGGAUCGAAUCAAAGAACUGUUCUCGAUAGAUCCCAAAACGGGCAUAAUAAAGAUUCAGGGGAAAAUUGACUAUGAGGAAAACCCGAUUAUCGAAAUUGACGUUCAGGCAAAGGACCAAGGGCCGAAUCCCGUUCCAGGCCAUUGUAAAGUCACUGUUAAAGUGCUUGACAGGAAUGACAAUUGGCCGUCAAUAGGCUUUGUGGCGGUUCGGCAGGGGGCCGUUAGUGAAGCAGCGCCCCCAGGGACUGUCAUUGCUUUGGUGAGAGUGACAGACAAGGACUCUGGUCGAAAUGGGCAGCUGCAGUGUCGGAUUUUAGGCAACGUACCCUUUAGACUUGAGGAGAACUCGGACAAUUUUUAUACAGUGGUCACGGACAGACCGCUGGAUCGAGAGGUCAAGGAUGAAUAUAACAUUACAAUUAUGGCCAAAGACAGCGGAAACCCUCCACUGAACGCCACAAAGUCUUUCACUGUCAAAAUUCUGGAUGAGAACGACAACGCCCCACGGUUCACAAAGAUGGUCUACCUCCUUCAGGUGCCUGAGAACAACAUACCAGGAGAAUAUCUUGGCUCAGUUCUGGCUCACGACCCAGACCUAGGCCAAAACGGGACAGUUUCUUAUUCCCUCCUUCCAUCCAAUGUAAGCGAGGAAUCCAUUACCACCUAUGUGAACAUUAAACCAACUGAUGGAGCCAUAUAUGCUUUAAGGAGUUUCAAUUAUGAGCAGACAAAGUAUUUUGAUUUCAAGGUACAGGCUAAGGACUCGGGCAGUCCCCAUCUGGAAAGUAACACGACCGUACGUGUGAGUGUACUAGAUGUCAACGAUAACAUCCCGGUCAUUGUGCUGCCUCUGUUGCAAAAUGAUACAGCAGAAAUCCACGUCCCACGCAAUGUCGGUGUGGGUCAUGUCAUCACGACGGUCCGGGCUGUGGACAAUGACUUUGGCGAGAGCGGCCGGCUCACAUACGAGAUCACGGAUGGCAAUGAGGAGCACUUGUUUGAGAUCGAUUCUGUGACAGGAGAGGUGCGAACGGCUCAGCCUCUGUGGGAGGAGGUGUCUUCUGUCGUGGAGCUCAUCAUCAAGGUGACAGACCAUGGAAAGCCCACAUUGUCGGCCAUGGCCAAGCUGGUGGUGAAGGCUUACUCGGGGCCCCUGCCAGAGGGCGAGCCACGGAUCAACGCCGAGCAGCACGGCUGGGACGUGUCGCUCCCUUUGAUAGUCACGCUCAGCGUCAUUUCCGUCAUGCUGCUGGCAGCCAUGAUCGCGGUCGCCGUAAAGUGCAAGCGGGAGAACAAGGAGAUCCGCACCUACAACUGCCGCAUCGCCGAGUACUCGCACCCGCAGCUGGGCAAAAGCAAAAAGAAGAAGAUCAACAAGAAUGACAUCAUGCUGGUGCAGAGCGAGGUGGAGGAACGUGACACUAUGAACGUCAUGAACGUUGUGAGUAGCCCCUCGCUGGCCACCUCACCGAUGUACUUUGAUUACCAGACGCGCCUCCCCCUAAGCUCUCCCAGGUCCGAGGUCAUGUACCUCAAACCGACAGCCAACAACCUCAGUGUUCCCCAAGGUCACGUGGGGUGCCAUACAAGUUUCACGGGACCUGUGACCAGCACCACAGAGACGCCGGUUAACAGGAUGUCGAUAAUUCAGACCGACAACUUCCCCACCGAGCCCAAUUACAUGGGGAGCAGGCAGCAGUUUGUUCAAAGCAGUUCGACGUUUAAGGACCCUGAGCGAGUGAGUCUGAGGGACAGCGGACACGGGGACAGCGACCAGGCCGACAGCGACCAGGACACCAAUAAGGGCUCGUGCUGUGACAUGUCUGCCAAAGAGGCGCUGAAGAUGAAGGCGACUGGGCUCAAACCUCAACCUCUAGAGCAGGAAGAAGACUGCGUGAACUGCACUGAUGAGUGCCGGGUCCUGGGUCACUCAGACCGCUGCUGGAUGCCCCAGUUUCCAGCCCCGGGAAUGGCACAAGCUGAAGGUCUGGACUACCGCACAAACCUGUUCGUUCCUGCAGGAAUGGAGGCGGUGGCCACCGAGCCAGAGAGCUACGAGGCGACAGGAAACCCCAGCGGCAAGAAGACCUUCUGCACUUUUGGCAAGGAGCGACGGGAGCAUGCAGUCCUUGUGGCCAAUGUCAAGCCCUACCUCAAGGGCAAGCGUGCUCUCAGUCCAUUGCUUCAGGAAGUGCCCUCAGCCUCGUGCAGCCCAACCAAGGGAACCAAAGGCGUUGCAGACGGAGCGGAGGUCAAUCCCAGCACCAGCCACUACGAAGGGCCGAACGGACUGUACACAUCUCCUGGGAAGCCGAGUAGAGAUCAGGGUUACUGUGCGCUUGUCGCAUCAGAUCCUGUAGCCAAAGUGCUCUUGGAGGCACGUUCACGCAUCAGCCAGGAAACGACUCAUGAGCCGGACGGGGCGCUGGAGCACGGAGAGGCGAGCCGAGGAGGCAUGGACGCCGAGCAGGUGGUCAGAGACAUCGAUAAACUUCUGCAGGACUGCCGAGGAAACGAGGCCGUAGCGAUGAGAAAGUGAACAGACUCAGACAGUGAUGGGGAAAAAAUCUUACAAUAAACGAAGACAGAGAAAAAGGCGAGAGCCUGCGAGCUUAGAAAACACUCUCAAAGAGUGAGGUGCUCAUGAGGUUUGGACAAAGGAAUCAGGACAGUGAAGAACUUUUGAUGAACUGUUUAAAAACAACAAAAAAAUUAAAAAUAACGCCAGGUUUUCUGGAUGCCAUGUUGUCUUUUGGGGAAGGGGAAGGGUUUCUUAUGGAGUUUCAGGCUUCUUAAGCAAGCUUUUUCUUCAAGUGCCCACCAGCUCUGAAAUAACUUUCCGACUCGGAGACGCCACAAACCGCAAGAAAAUGGUCGAUCCGAAGACAAUCGCAAACAAACUUUCGAACACUCCAAAAUGCGGUUGGAUCUCGCCAAGACCGAACCACGCUUUUACUGUUUUUUUUUUUCUUUUGUUCAGACUUUGUAAUAACAUUGUACGGAAAACAUUGAAUAAUCUCCGACUAUCUCGGGAUCUACCGGGGAUGGGGAUGGGAAUGGGGAGGUAGUGGCAACCCGGGGGUGCUUACUUACGAAAUGUUCCCAUUUCUUCAUUCUGCCAUUUCUAGCCAUACGUGUAAGCCGUGUUUCCUCCUCCCAUAUAUACGUGUAUAUGGAACAUUCCAGAUUGGUGAAGCUGUUACUCUUUUUCCCCCUUCUUCAUUGGUCCUUUGUGUGAACACUUGUCUUUCGAACCUCGUCUCCUACUCGUCACUCCUUUUACAGUGACCUUCCACUCGUCCUACAUUCAAUUAAGGCAAUCAUAAUUCUGUAUAUUAGGGACAUAUUUCCUUCGACUGUGAAAAAUAUAUCUAUAAAUAUAUAGAUAAUAUAUAUAAUAUAUACAUAUAUGAACUUAUGUAUAGUGUCCAGAUAUUAAAAUAUUUAUACCUUUUUUUUUUUUUUUUAAAGAAAAAAAAAGCGUACUCAAGCCGAAGAUGCAGUCGUUAAUGAUAUUUAUUACGCUGCAAAAGGACGCCGGUUCCAAGAAAAUUCCAAGGAAAAAAAAAGGAAAAAAAAAGGAAAUGUCCCUUCACGUGUCACUUAUUCACGAUAUUCAUUUAAUGUGCAAAAUGUAUCCGAUUUAAUGUGUUUACACCGAAAUGACAUUUUUAUUGAUUUUUUCUCUCUCUCUCUCUCUCUCUUUCCUCCUGCAAUCUCUGUGCAUAUGAGCCAAAUUGUUACGUGUACAAGAGCUAUAUUGUGUAUUUUAUUAAAUUAAUAUAUAGUUGUGUUGCAGUAUACAUGGGCUUAUAUUGUAUUUGGCAAACUGUUGCCUUAGUAGCCGUCAAACUCUGUGAGUUUCCUUUGCUGUCCGUAUUUUUCGUUUUUAUUUCUCCCUGUUUUGCCGUUUGUAUGUUUUUUACCUACUUGUUGUCCUUUCUCUGUCUGUGUUCUCACCAAGCGAUCCGGCUACCGUACAGCUACGCUAGCGGGGCUUUUUUAAAUAUAUAAUAUAUACACAUUAUAUAUACAUAUAUAAACACAUGUACACACACACACACACACACACACACACGUUUAUUCGCUUUAACACAGCUUAUUCAGCCAGCACAUUUCUAUAAAAAAUUAUUAUUAUAUUUUUUUUUUUGCAAUGCUGAGAUAAACUUACAGGGCAGCUAUUUUUUAAAUUGUGACAAUUUCUGGUCAUUUGGAUGUUUUUCCUUUUUUUUUUCUUUUUCAAAUCAAAUCCUGCCAUUCAUAACGCGACGUUGAAUCCUCGCCUAUCCGUCCUGUGAUACUGCCUUACACACCGAGAAAAGCUCACACUGAUAGGCCUAUUGUAAUGCUCUACAGAAACCACGUGGGUUCUUGAGGACGUUUGCAUCCAAGGCCUUCGAAGCCAUCUGCGCGUUCGCGUCACGUACCAGAACGCGCCGCCAUCACAAUCCAAUCACGAGAUCUCCACCAUCCGAAACUACAGAAACGACAGGAAAUCUGUCGUAAGCUCCGUUGUACCAAGGAGAGGCUUUUCCGCAUUAACAUCAGUCUGAGCGACUAGCCUAGCCUAGCUUUUCUUUUUUUGGAAAGAAUUAGUUUUUUUUGUUGAUUCAGCAAAACACCGACUAAACUGCUUUAAAAUUUGUUUUUCCCUUGAAAAAAAAAAAAGCCUGUAAAAGAAGGUAGCUGAUCAAAUACGGCAUGGGCGUGAACAGGAAACGAAGCGCUUAUGAGUUUCCUGUCGGUUCCAACCCUCAGGACCUUGACAAACAAAUGACUGAAUGUUUAGGACACCUGAUGACAUUUGACUUAUACAUUAGUGAUGUAAAUUAUUUAUUUAAAAAAAAAAAAGAAAAGAAAAAGGAGAAAACAAAGCUUUUUUUUGAAUAGUUCAUAUUUACAUCACUGAUCGACUUCACGUAUUUAUUGCUUUAUAUGUAUUUAUUUCUUUAGCCACAUUAUUUUUUUCUUUUUUUCACCCAGGUGCACCUUUCACAUCAGGGAAGGGAAAAAAAAAACAUUUUUUUCUAAAUGAUCUUUUCUUUAUUCUAUUUUUUUACCUCUUUGAUCCACGACAACGAGCGAUAUUUUUCCGACUCCCCCCCCACAGACAUAACCUCUGACGGAAAUGAUGAAAGGCAGGAAGCGAUCCGAGUUCCGAGCGGCAUCCGACUCCUCAUUGUCGGUAUGGUGCUUGCGCGACGCCGCUGCACUCCUUUUCAAUUCGAACAAAAAAACGUUCAAGAGCAGAGGAUGAUCUUAUGCGCACUUUAACCCGAAGCCAGACGGAAAUAACUUUGUUUGCCUCCGUUUGUUUGGGUUGUUUUUUUUUUCCUUUUCUGCCGUCGCACUCGACUCGCUCGGGAAGUUUGCUCCUUUUUAAUUUUUUUUUCCCAUGUGUUGUGCAGUUGUGGAUGCAGUUUUCUGACUUAGUGUGUGUCUGUGUGUCUGCCUGACGACCUGGACCUUCUUCCAUUCCCAAUCCAAACCUUGAAGACCGUCCCAAGGUGUCUCACGUUUCCAAAAAAAACUCCUGCUCAGGUCUCCCACUGAGGUGGAACGGCAUGGUUUAUUACCAAGGCCUUUUGCGAGCUAUUUGCUGUCUAAUGGAGAAGAAGUUUGCUGAGGUCAACACAUAGUUGGAGAUCCAGCAUAAUGCAGUUGCGCCCUCAUUAUUGUCUAAUUACACAAGCUCGGCAUGGAGAGGGAUUGAUCGCUGCAUUAGUCAGACCGGGGGUAUUUUUGGCCGUCGAAGUCUUGGGCUUCGAUGAGUAGUUGAAUGAAACCCAUUUAAAAAAAAAAAAAAAAAUAAUAAUUUUGCUGUUUCAACCAAUUCUAAACACACAAACGCACACACACAGUCACACACCAGGGAUCCGGCAGACGCCUGGCGAAAGAAACGAGGCAUACAUUGUAUGGAUAAGCUUAACUGCUAUUGUCUAAGGCUGUGUUCUAUGUGAUCUAUCUGAAGAAGAAAAAAAAAAAAAAAAAAAAAAAAAGAAUAAAAAGCAAAUUAAUA